AUGACACUAAAUACAGAUGUCAAGGGUGAUACCUUUACCGUAACUACACAUGAAAUACCCUACCCGACCAUCAUAUCACGACCCAAUUCUUUGCCCUCGCCUUUCCAUGUAUGCAUUAUAGGGGCAAGUCACGAUAUCGGCGCCUAUGUGGCAUUUUCAUUUGCGAAAGCUGGCGCCACGGCUAUUAGUAUCUGUGCUUCGGCUGCUGAAAUCGAGGUGUCCCCUAUUCCCUCCAUGCUGCGGAGAUAUACCCGGUCUACCCACUUGAAAUUUCAUCUAUGCGACAUAACAAUCCCCUCGGAAGUCGAAGCAUUUGCUUCCAAGAUCCAGGACGAAUUCGGUCAUGUUGAUGUUUUGGUCUACACCGCUGACUAUUUUGGAUCGGAGGAGACUCGCGUCGCCAGCACGCCUCACGACUUCGCCACCGCUCUAGAAGUGAAUUGCAAUGGGCUCUAUCUAGCAACUCAUUUCAUGCUCCCGCUGCUUAAGAAAAGUCCCCAUGGAACCGGUGGUGCGGUCAUUGCUAUCUCUUCGGAUGAGAUGCAUGCAACCGGAGGUCCAGGACACGACACAGCAUACAGCGUUAGUAAACUGGCGCAAUGUCGAUAUAUUGAAAUGCUAGCGGCGAUGGAGCCGGACAUUUUUACCGCCGUGGUCCAUCCAGGAGAUAUCGAAAGCCGGAUGGGUAGGUACAAUGACCCUGAGGGUAUACGUGAUGACAUACCAAAUGACCCAUACCUUUGCGCAGACUUCAUUUUAUGGCUUACCAAAGAGCGCAGGAUGUGGCUCAGUGGCCGAUAUUUAUCAUCUAAUUGGGACGUAGAUGAGCUAGCAUCUAGAGAGGCCGAUAUUGUCGGGCAAGAUAAACUAAAGAUGCGAAUGGUGUGGUGA